AGUUUCUUUUUUGAACAGCAAACGGAGGGAACUGCUCGCAUUGCUGCUGCUGCCGCUGCUGCUGCUCCAGCUGCGUGUGUGUGUAGUGUAAACAGGAUGGUGUAUCUGUAGCUGCCACGCGCAAACACACGUUUGACCAUGAGGACUCUUCGCAGGUUGAAGUUCAUGAGUUCGCCCAGCCUCAGUGAUCUGGGCAAGAGAGAGCAGGCAGCCUUGGAUGAGCGGGGGACCCAGCAGCGACGGGCCUGCUCCAACGCUACCUGGAACAGCAUCCACAAUGGAGUAAUAGCGGUGUUCCAGCGUAAGGGUCUCCCGGACCAUGAACUGUACAACCUCAAUGAAGGAGUCAGGCAAUUAUUGAAAACAGAACUGGGAUCCUUUUUCACUGAAUAUCUACAGAAUCAGCUGCUCACAAAAGGCAUGGUGAUCCUAAGGGACAAGAUCCGGUUUUAUGAAGGGCAGAAACUACUGGAUACCUUAGCUGAAACCUGGGACUUUUUCUUCAGUGAUGUCCUGCCCAUGCUUCAGGCUAUUUUCUAUCCUGUGCAGGGGAAGGAGCCCUCAGUUCGGCAGCUGGCUCUUCUGCACUUUAGGAAUAUAAUUACCCUCAACAUCAAAUUGGAAGAUGCAUUGUCACGUUCCAGAGCCAGAGUUCCACCCUCUAUUAUUCAGAUGCUGUUAAUACUCCAGGGGGUUCACGAGUCAAAAGGCGUGACUGAAGAUUAUUUGAAGCUGGAAUCCCUGAUCCAGAAAGUCGUUUCUCCUUACUUGGGUACAUACGGUCUCUAUUCCAGUGACGGACCCUUCAUGCACUCUUCCUGUAUUUUGGAGAAGAGGUUCUUCAGGCGUUCAAAAUCAGGUGACAUCCUUGCCAAGAACCCCGUGGUGCGAUCAAAAAGCUACAACAAUCCACUGCUGACACCAGUGGCCGAGUAUGAAACUGAGGGCAUGGCUGCCAACGGAACAGGCAUCCGAAGGCACUCUGUUUCGGAAAUGACCUCCUGCCUGGAGCUCGAGGGGUACUCCAACCUCACCACCAUCAUGGACAACGGUUCCAAGAGCUCCAUGACAGCCACGAAAAGCUCACUCUCAGGAGACCAGGAGAGGGCCAGCAACGGAUCCGUGCAAUGCUCUAGCAAACUCAGCACAGUUGAGCAACAGAAAGGACUCUUCCACUCAAUGGACGACCCACAUAGGUCUUUUGAGCUGGACAGGGACCCUUCCUUGAUUCCAGUUCCCUCUUCCAGCCCUGAGAACAUAGUGGAUCAGAUUUUGGAGUCAAUCGACUCUGAUUCUGAAGGCAUUUUUAUUGAUUUUGGCCGAGGCUGUUCCAAUUCAUCAGCAUACAAUGUGGACGUGAACAGACAGAGCAUCAUGUGAAGGACAUCAGGAGACAAACCUUGGGUUUUAAUAUUAUAUAUGGAAGUUACUAACGCAUUGAGUCGGACUGUGGGCACGCUAUACAUGUCUAGGGCAGAACAUCUGUUGUAGGUCAUCGCAGCUGUAUUGAAGUACACAAACAAGUUUACAGCAGGCGUGAAUCUGCUGCAAGGGGGAAGAAACUCCAGCCACUUCUCCUCGUCCGUGUCACUGUGCAGUCAGAUUUCCUGUUGUCUUUAUAAACUUAGGGGUUCACAAGCUGACAAGUGUCUGGUAAAAUGCUAUUAGUGCAGCUGGCAAUGUUUGUUCAGUAAAACAGCCUAGCAAAUAGCUGUGUUCACUUUUAAUUCUCUCAAGAGAUUUCUGUAGACAGCAGGUUGUUCUCUGAACUGUAACACCUGAGCCAGAGUAAAAACAUAUCCUUUAAAAAAAACCAAACAAACAAAAAACCCAGAGGCUGUGGGCCUUCAUGCCACAGAAUAUGGAAGAAGUCUCUUUUAAUCUUUGUUGUACAUCUUGUAUGCACUCCUUUGCCUAAUGGCGAGUUAGAGUUCUUGAAGAAAGGCAAAUAAACAGAAAUGUGCUACC